AUGGCCAAACAUAAAGAGAAGCAGAAGAAAAACACGGCGGAGGAAGAGAAACAAACCGAUAAUGUUAAUGUUGUGGAAAAAUCGGAAACCCUAGAUGUGGAAACCGUGGCCAAACGUAAAGAGAAAAAGAAGAGGAAAAAAUCGGCGGCGGAAGAGAAUCGAACCGAUAAUGUUAAGGUUGUGGAUGAACCGGAAACCCUAGACGUGAAAAUCAUGGCAAUCAGCGAAAGCCCGGAUCUGAAAACCGCCCCAAUCGUUGGAUACUUCUCGUCCGGGUACGACCCGCUGAAAAAUGCGAAAGGUUCCAAUUCCGGCGUCAAGGUCUACAGGAGCGUCAAUUCUCGAAACCCUAGGAAUCCCAGGAUGCAGGUGUCCGUGGAGGCGAGUAGGUCACAGUUGAAUUUUGUGGGCACGAAUUAUUCCGGCGAGGCCACGACGCCGCAGCUGUGUAAUUAUGCACUUGGGGUGUUGGAUAAGGAGACUGGAAUUUUGAAGAUGGUGCCAAUUGCCGGCAACAGGAUUUUCAGGUUGGAACCAAGAGUUGUAGGAAUGGAGCAGCCUGAAAACGAGCACCUCGACGAAGAUAAAGGAGACACUGUCGAGGAAAAGGCUGAAAAAUUGAGUGAUUUGUCCAAAUUUUCAACCAAGAGGGAUAUAAAUAGAGAUAAGAAAAUUAAGGCUCUACGCCAGACAGAAGUCUCGGGAAUGGAGGACAUAAUGAGCAAUAAAUUACAAGGAAUCACAUUUAACAAGGAGGCAAUUGAGGCUACUGAAUCCGCUGAUUAUUCUCGCAAUAUCCCACCACACAAUUUGCAGGCCACUUCUUCAGACACUGCGUAUCCACUUGAAAAGAUAAUUUUUCAAGGGGAGUGGAAUUUCCUUCUCGAUGUUUUUGAACUCACUGAGUCAGGUUCAGAUUUGAGCCCUGAUGUUUAUCCAACCUUCGUUUGCAGUAGAGUUCACGAGUGUGGUGCCAUCAAGGAUGAGUCAAAGAGAAAAAGGACAGCCUGCAUACUGUCUUAUAUCACUCAUCUCAUCAAGUACAAGGAUAAGCACUCGAUGGACGGCGUAUCAUCUGCAAAACAUCAUUACCUGCCGAGCAUCUUAGCACAGAAAUUCUCCUCAUUAUUUGGUACCACGGAAAAUAAAAGAAUUCCGGAGGACAAACAAAAGCUGCUUAUAAGCUACAUCCUUGUCCUCACCUUAUUUGUUGAUGAUUUUCUAUCCGACCCAACUGACAUAGCCAAGGACCUUCGGAUGAACCCUGUAGCGUUAAGACCUCACUAUGAAUACUUAGGCUGCAAAUUCGUGCGCGAAAAUCAGGUGCUGCUGGCGACUCUUCCCGUCCCAUUAGAGUUUCAGACACUUAAGAGGAAAAAGAGGAGAAAAUAG